AUGUUUUCUAUCACCUGCAGUCUUAUAACUGCGUGUCUAAUGUAUCAUACUGCUUAUGCCUUUAUUUACGAGGUAGUAGGCGGGAUCGAUGCUCCGGAUGGCAAGUACCCUUAUCAAGUAUCAUUGAAGGAUGCAGUUACUGGAAAGCAUUUUUGUGGUGGAGCCAUUGUCAGCCAGAAAUAUGUUAUAACCGCAGCACACUGUUUAGAUGGGAUGGCCCGACUCUAGAACGCCUGCAACAGACUAUGUUGA